AUGGGGCAGAGGAGCACCAACGACAAGGAACCUAAGUUGCUGCUGUGUACGACAUAUGUAACGUACACGGAUGAAAGUAUCACCACCGGCCGCUGUGGCAGUCGCGUCUGCGUCUGGGGUUCCCGAGGAGUUACCGUGGUGGAGCUACCAUCAAGAUGGGGCAGAGGAGGCCUGUUCGAUGAUGGCAGUCAGACAGUGCUGUGCAAGAGUUUCUCUCUGGACGAACGGUUCCUGUAUUCGCAGGGAGAAGUGCGCCGUGUGCAGUGGCACUCCAGCUCACUGUCGCACUUGUGGGUCCUGGUCUCUGAUAACACCAUCAGGCUAUACAACAUCGCCCUAAAAUCCGGUCCGAAGCUCGUCAAGAUCUUCACCGUUGGACCUAAGCCGGCCGGUCUCCUAGCAUCACGACCUAUCCUGGACAGCUUGGGAGACACGGCCGUGGACUUCACUACUACACCUGGAUCCGAUAGUCUCCUAAUUUUGAGGGGAAACGGAGACGUAUAUAUGAUGGAGUGUGACUUGGAAGCUAAAACACUGCAGCACAAACUGACGGGUCCAUUAGCAAUGUACCCUCCAGCGGAUGACAACUACGGCUCCGAGUCCUGUUCCAUCACAGCUUUAUCCAACAGUAAAGACAUGCCACCUUUAGUUGUGGUGGCUACUUGUUCAGCUCAGCUGUACCACUGCCUUCUCCUACCCAAUGCCACAGAGAAGGAAGACAGCCACGCCCUCUACGUGGUUGAGGCGGUGGAGCUGAGCAUAGUCCUGAAUCCGGACGACAAUGUAGACAUGCAGUACUCGUACCCAGUCCAUCUCUAUCCGUGCACAAACAACACAUACGCGUGCAUGCACGCUGGUGGCGUCCACACCGUCACGCUCCCCGUGCUGAACCAGCUUAAGGACUACGCUUUAGCUGAUGAUGCGGAGAGCGAAACGCAACUGUCGGCCAUCUUGUCUCGAACCAGCGUCGCCCGCCAUCUUGUGUGCACGGCGGGGCCGCGCGCCACGCUGCGGCCGCCCGCCGGCCUGGCGCUCACGCCGCCGCCGCUGCCGGCGCUGCUGGUGCUGUGCACCGACGCCACUGUACUGUCAAGGACGUUGGAACCGUAUGAUUUGGAGGAUCAGCUAUACAAAGAGCUGCAGCUACGGAACCCGGCUCUGGAACAGGAUGACAUUAACAACAUACUGAAAGAGAGGCAAAAGCUGUCAUUCACGGCGAUUAUCCAAGAAGUAUUGGCCAGAGACGUAUCGCAGCCGAUCCUCAACAUCAACAGCAAGGAAGAACCUAGCCCUAAGGAGAGUCUAGAGUUCCUAACUGCUGCGACUCUGAAGCUCCGCGGCGAGUACAUGUCGCGGCAGCAGCGAGCCGCGGACGCCAUCGCGAGGAAGCUGACAGCCUUGCGGUCGCUCAGCAAGCAACACGACAAGUGGUACAAGGACUUGAAGAGAGACAUCGAAGACGUGACCCUGCAGUCGACGGUGCUCAAGGAAAAGGCACUUCUUGCUGAAAAACACCAAGACGAUAUUAAAUACAGAUGUUCAGCAGUGAUCCGCCAGCUGCGCGCGUCCGCGCCCGCUACUGCCGCCGAGCGCGCGCUGCUCGCCGAGCUGGAGCGCUACCGGCGGAGCGGAGAACAGAUCGCCGAACAGAUACAACUGCUUAAGAAACACGCCCGCAACAAGCAUGAUGAAUUCAACAAAUGGCAAGACGAAUACAAGCGGAAGGACAUAGCUCUCGGCAAGUCUCACAGUGACACUAUCUCCUCGAUCUUGCAGCAACAAACUGCUAAAAUCUCGACGCUGAUUGAAGAAACCAAGUUACUCAAAGAUCAACUCAGUAUAGUGUAAUAUCUAAACAAAAUCGGAAUUAAUUUAAUUAUAAAGUCUUCUGGAAAAUGUGAAUGUUACUUAAAUUUUUCAUCUAACUGUGCCAUUUCGAUAUAUCCACUGAUAAUUAUAGUUAGUCAAAGGACUGUUUCAUUUCAAACAUCAGAGAGAAUCAUACUAUCUUUGUCUUACACUAGCACCCAAAAGAAAAGGAUGAGUAUAGUUUUUUUGUUCUUAUUUACUGACAAAUUUGAUUUGACAGACUAUUAACCCUUUACCAGGCUAAGGGAUAUAUAUUUUCCACAUACGGCACUUUAAACAUGUGUUCUAUUUUCGAUCAGUAAGACUGACAUUCGAUUGUCGUUUUUGAACUGUCAGCCUGGUAAAGGGUUUACCCUAAUGAAUUGAACUUAAAUAUAUUCCAAAUUUGUCUAGAGUGUAUUAAAUUCUCCAGCUAUUCAGUGGGUAGACCUACAAGAUGUGUAUUUUGUAAAGUAUUGCGUAGACGUUUUGUCAAAUAGUUUUCGAAGGAAAACAAAAUUGCUGUGACUAAGGGUGGUAUUUCACCUGUCCAAUUUCAUUGUCCAAUGUGUGUUUGCGUCUCACAUUUUGCUUAGUGAGAUAGUGAGACGCAACAUUGCACAUUGGGCCAAGAAAUUGGACAGGUAGAAUACCACCCUUCCACGUAGGUAGUAGGCAGGUAUCGCAUGUAAUAAUUAUAAUCGUCAAUUUCACCCUUUUUUGCUAGUUCGUAACAUGUAAUUUCAUUAUAUUAGUUCACUGAACUGUAUUAGGGCUGAUUUAGACGAUGCGAGUUUCAUACCAUUGCGGGUUUUGAUUGGUCGGUUGAAUUGGACGUAACCAACAGUCCGCAAUGUAACUAAAAUCGCAUGCGAGUUCGCGUGCCGUCUAAAUCAGCCCUAACUCUAUCUGUAUUUUAUGUUU